AUGUUAGCUGUUUGUCUUUUUCUGGGCGCGGUUGUACUGUUUGGUGCAUCCUCGAAACCUCAAGAUCCUUUUUCAUGUUUCCAGCAUCUCAAACAAGAUUCCAUGGUGCUGGGACUGACUCCAGAGUGCUUUCUCUAUUAUGGAAAUGUGAAAGCGGGGAAACGAUAUGAGUCAACCGCAUUUCUGGAACGAUUCGGGGAUGCUUGCCGGAAAAAACAUGCAUUCAUAGUUCGCUCCUACGGAGAAGCCCAACAUAUGCUUGUUGUUGUUGACCGAUACGGUAGAAGAGUAAGAGUUCAACCAGCGCUAAGCAAAGAUCUGAUCACACCGCCUUCGAGCUACAACAAAACCGACGUGGUCAUACAUUUCGUCGAUCCGCGAAACCGGCUAGAACAGUUCUACUCGGAUACCGUCGAUAGAGGGUUUGUUAUUGCUGGAUUUUACUACUUCAAAUAUAGAGUGCUGGUGUUUGCUCUAAGUCAUUACGCUGUAAGAUUCUAUGACCUCCGACUUCAUAUCGGGAAGAAGUACAUAACUCCACAUUUAGAACUGCUAUCUGAACCUGACCUGCAACUUAUUUUACCUCGAGAUUUCAAGGUUUUCGAAGGAGGAGUAACAUCUGACAGCAGUGAAAGUUUGACUGUCGAUGUGCAACAUGGCCGCGGUGCGCCUUUUUCAAUUUCGCUCAAAGGUUUAGUCUUCAACUCCUACACCGGAUUUAGGGUGACUACUGCUGAACGAAAAGCUCAGUCUUCUUUCCAACAUCGUAUGCAUUGUCCACAGAAAGUAGGAAAUUUUUACUUUUUCAAAAAUUCGAAGAAAUUACGUCCAGAUCUGUGGAUGUUGGACAUAUCGAACCGAAGAUGGCUAAAUCCGUUAAAUUCACACAGGAGGAUGUCUUACCCUCAUGCAAUUAAACGCAUGGAGCACCGGAAAUUUUUGGCACGUGUUUGGAGUGCUGUGUUACCAAUUGUAUCCGCAAAUGUACUUCUUUUGCUGUUCGGAACUGUUGUAUUCCUUCGCCUUGUUGGUUUCUACAACAGAGAACACCGACGAAACAAAUUUGUUCUCGACAGUUCAGUGAAUUUGUGA